UCUACGACACCCUUCACCUCAUACGCGAGUCACUGUCUGACAGUAUAAAUCUAUACAUACAACAAAAAUGAAAAAACAUAAAUCAAUCUAUACAUCUCUCUAUCUCUUUCUGCUAAAGCUUCCCGUCUCGUCUUUUUCUACCUUCCUUUUUCCUAUCAUUACCCAUCCUCAGCGUACAUCUAUCUUCUUCUUCUCCGUUUCCAGUCUUCACAGUUUCCUCAAUCAAGCUGGUGAGUAGUUGUUAUAGGAGGGCUGCAUUCUUGAAGAAUUCACCAAGGAUGCCACUGGAAUUCGCUGCUUAGCCUUCCAAUUUUACACUAUGGGUGCUUGCACCUCCAAAUCUAACAAACCCAAUCCUUAUUCUCUUCGUGAAACCCUAGAAGCGCCGCAAGUCCUAGAAACUCCGGCUCACGACGCCUCCAACUCCGGCAAGAAGUCUCCUUUCUUUCCGUUCUACAGCCCCAGCCCAGCGCACUAUUUAUUUUCGAAGAAAUCUCCGGGACGGCGUUCUACGGCCUCCAAGAGUGAUGGGUCCACGCCCGCUAGGUUGUUCAAGCGGCCUUUCCCGCCGCCGUCGCCGGCGAAGCAUAUAAAGUCGUUUCUUUUGCGGCGGCACGGGAGUGUGAAGCCCAAUACACCGGCGAUCCCUGAAGGCGAGGAGACGGAAGGGGCUGACUUGGACAAGAGUUUUGGGUUCGCAAAACAUUUUACUAGUAGGUAUGAGAUCGGGGAAGAAGUUGGGCGAGGGCAUUUUGGGUAUACUUGCUCUGCUACCUGUAGAAAGGGUGACCUUAAGGGCCAACGAGUUGCUGUUAAAGUUAUUCCCAAGUCCAAGAUGACAACAGCUAUUGCAAUUGAGGAUGUAAGAAGGGAAGUAAAAAUAUUGAGAGCCUUGGCAGGACAUAGUAAUCUUGUUCAGUUUUAUGAUGCAUUCGAAGAUCAAGAUAAUGUUUAUAUAGUUAUGGAGUUGUGCCUUGGUGGAGAACUUCUAGAUAGUAUACUUUCAAGGGGCGGAAAGUAUACUGAAGAUGAAGCAAGAGGUGUCAUGAUACAGAUAUUAAAGGUUGUUGCAUUUUGUCACCUCCAAGGUGUGGUGCACCGUGAUCUUAAACCUGAGAAUUUUCUGUUUUCUUCGAAGGAUGAGAAUUCCCAGUUGAAAGCUAUAGACUUUGGGUUAUCAGAUUUUGUCCGGCCAGAUGAAAAACUGAAUGAUAUUGUUGGGAGCGCGUACUAUGUUGCACCUGAAGUUCUACAGAGAUCAUAUGGUACAGAGGCUGAUGUUUGGAGUGUCGGGGUGAUAGCAUACAUUCUGUUAUGCGGCAGUCGUCCAUUCUGGGCUCGCACAGAGUCUGGAAUCUUCCGGGCGGUCUUGAAGACUGAUCCCGGUUUUGAUGAAGCACCUUGGCCUUUGUUAUCUUUAGAGGCUAAAGACUUUGUCAAGUGGAUGUUAAAUAAGGAUCCUCGACGAAGAAUGUCGGCUGCUCAAGCCUUGUGUCAUCCUUGGAUCCGGGAUCACAGUGAUGCAAAAGUGCCUCUUGAUAUUCUUGUAUUCAGACUCAUGAAGAGCUAUAUGAGGUCGUCUUCAUUGCGUAAGGCCGCUUUAAGGGCAUUGGCCAAAACAUUGUCGGAAGAUGCACUCUUCUAUCUAAAGGAGCAAUUUGCUUUACUGGAUCCGGACAAAAACGGCACUAUAAAAUUUGAUAACAUCAAAACUGCUCUGUUGAAAAAUGCAACAAAUGCCAUGAAGGAAUCACGUGCACCAGAUUUACUUGCUGCACUAAACGCGCUCCAGUACAGAAGAAUGGACUUCGAAGAGUUCUGUGCGGCAGCGCUGAGUGUGCAUCAGUUGGAGGCUGUCGACCGUUGGGAGCAACGCGCUCACUCGGCAUAUGACUUUUUUGACAAGGAUGGAAACCGAGCCAUCAUGAUUGAGGAACUGGCUUCAGAACUGGGACUAAGUCCUUCAGUGCCAGUGCAUGCAGUCCUCCAUGACUGGAUAAGGCAUACAGAUGGGAAGCUAAGCUUUCUAGGUUUUGUCAAAUUGCUGCAUGGUCCCUCUGCCAGAACACUUGUCAAGGUCCAGUAAACAAAAACAAAACAAUAGCAGAACUUCUUGAGGACACGCGGCAGCAGAGAAUCUUCUAGUCUAUUAAGAAGCUCAUUGUUCACAUUUUCUAUUCUUUUUUAUUUAUUGAUAGUCCAAAGGUUUGUCUAAUGUGUUAGCUCCCACACGAUCUCAGAUUGGCAUAUCUCAUCUGAUCUUCUCCCACGUGGUCCAAAUUACUACUGUCUAUAGACUCCGGUCUGUCCGAUUGGACCGUGAUUGCAUUUGGAAUCUGUGUACGAAUAUGUACAUCAGUACAUGUAAAUUAGAGUUCUAUGUAUAUGUGUUGUUAAGAUGUAGGAUUUGUAUUAUGCAAACAUUGCACAUUCACAGAGAGAAGAACGUUCAUACAUCUCAAUGUUAUUGGUUAUUUUUGUAACUUUACAUAUUUAUACCUAGGUAGGUAAUUGCUUGGCUAAAUUAAACAGGA